AUGGAAUUCACAUUGCUUUGUAAUCUCGGAGGUCCGCGCAAUGCCGGGAUUUCUUUACGCCUUCGUUUGCUACAUGUGUGGCCGUCGAAGUCUCCGGGAGACAACAUGAUCUAUAACUACUGUACUCUAUGGACCGACGAAACGGGUAUGCUGAUUCAGGGCGUUUCGCCGACUUCAAUGGCUGCUGGGAUUCGUCGUAAUCUCUCGGUUGGGAUGAUAUAUGUCAUAAAGUCCUUUGCCCUGAGCAAUCCGCCGUAUCAGUAUCGGUCGUGUUCUUUUGAUUUGGCUUUGGGCCUUUCGCCUUCGACUUCUUUCCUGCCCUGUGCUCUUCCUGCUGAGAGUUUCCCGGUUGAUGCUUACGAGUUUGUGGUUUUCUCCCAGUUGGGUAUUCGUGCAGGUAAUCAUCGUUACUUGACAGAUGUUGUUGGUCAGCUCCAUUCGAUCAGUGGGAUAUCGCACAAGAUCACAAAUAACGGCCCGCUGUCAAGCAAACGGUUAUUAUUGAGGAUGAAAGUGGAUCGAAGGUCUCGAUUACCCUCUGGGAUGAGUUUUCGGCGAUAUGAUUAUGUCCUGUCGAGUUCGGUCGCUACUCGCAUAGCAGUCAACCCUCCAGUACCUAAGGCUUAUUAUCUUGCAUCCAGGUUUGCUGAGAAACAUGAGACUGUUGCAUCCUUGCCAGUUGAGUUUGCUACUGCUGCUGAUGCUACAACUGAUGCUGAUCGUCGUACCAAGACUUUGGGAGCUGUUUCAAAGCGUCGUGAUGAUUCGUUUUGGUGCCCAAAGGAUUGGCAGUUGGAUGAGGAACAGACCCGGGUCAACUACAAGCUCUUGCUUACACUGAGGGACGACUCUUGGCAAUAUGUAAAGUUUGAUUGUAGGUUGUCGUUGCCGGGUCCUACUGGUUUCUCUUCGGGUGAAUUCCUUGUUACACAGGUUAUCCCUCUUGAUGAUCCUACGGUGGUGGGUGAUUUGCUUGAGUUUUCUUCGUCGCCUUCUCCUUCUCUGGGUGCAGUAAGUAGCGCGGGAGGCCCAUCAGGUUCAUCGAGGGCUGCGAAGGGAAAGGAAAAGGUUUCAGAUUCUAUCCCCAUUGAAGCUCUAGCUGUGCCAUUUAACAUCGCUGACCAACAAGAUCUAAUUGAGAGAUUUCCCAGCCCUGCGACUAGGAUUUUGCGGGAUCCUAUUCCUGCCAGUGUCGGGAGUGAGGAUAUUGAUGCUGGGUCGCGGAUUCUCGGAGAUUCUCAGCUUUCAGUGAUGGGUGUACAGGUGGGGUCGAUCCUGCCUACUGCGACCGCGUCUUCUGCGGUCCAAUCCAGUGCUCCAUCUGUCCAGUCUGCUACUUCGAUGGUCCCCAAGCGAUCAGCCAGGAUUGAUGAGUCAAUGAGUCCUCAAGAUGUUGGUUGUGAUUCAUCUAUGCCUGCUUCAAAGAUUCUGAAGCCAUCCCCCAAAUCAUCUCCCGGGAAGCCCUUAGGUUCAACCGCCGCCUCGCCUUCGGCAUCGCUGUUGGUCUCUCCACUCGCCAGGAUAAAAGUGGAGAAAUUGGAUGCUGCCGAUGUUGCUCAAGUCUCACAUGGUGGUCCCUCGCAGGCAGGUGUUAGUAUGGAAAGGGAUUCUUCAGUGGAUAGUCAGAAGAAUUCGGCGGCAAAGCGUGCUUUGUUUAAGAAGUGA